CACCUCUUGCUUUUUCCUCCAAAGUAUGUUAUAUUAAGUUUCGUGAAGCAUCGAGUGUUGGUGUGGCCCAGCAUCUAACUAACACGGUUUUUAUUGACAGAGCUUUGAUAGUUGUGCCCUGCGCAGAAGGUAAAAUCCCAGAUGAAGCCAAAGCCCUUUCUCUGUUGGCGCCUGCUCCUACUAUGACAAGCCUGAUGCCUGGUGCAGGGUUGCUUCCUAUACCUACACCAACCCCUUUGACUACACUCGGUGUUUCACUUGGCACUUUGGGGGCUAUACCAGCAGCAGCAUUGGACCCUAACAUUACAGCACUGGGAGAAAUACCACAGCCACCGAUUAUGGGGAAUGUGGAUCCAUCCAAAAUUGAUGAAAUCAGGAGAACCGUCUAUGUGGGAAACUUGAAUUCCCAGACUACGACAGCGGAUCAGCUGCUUGAAUUCUUUAAGCAAGUUGGAGAAGUCAAAUUUGUGCGAAUGGCAGGUGAUGAGACGCAACCAACACGAUUUGCUUUUGUGGAAUUUGCAGACCAAAAUUCUGUACCUCGAGCUCUUGCCUUUAAUGGAGUUAUGUUUGGAGACAGGCCACUGAAAAUAAAUCACUCCAAUAAUGCAAUUGUGAAGCCUCCUGAAAUGACACCACAAGCUGCUGCCAAGGAACUGGAAGAAGUGAUGAAGAGAGUAAGGGAAGCCCAGUCUUUCAUAUCUGCUGCUAUUGAGCCAGAGUCUGGAAAGAGCAGUGAAAGAAAAGGCGGUCGAUCUCGUUCCCAUUCUCGUUCAGAAUCCAGGUCUAGCUCAAAAUCCCGAUCUAGAAGGAAAAGAUCACACUCAAAACACAGAAGUAGAUCUGGCAACAGAUCACUCUCAAGACACAAGGACAGACGCAGAUCCAGAAGCCCCCUGAAAAAACGGUCUAGAUCUAGGGAAAGGCGGAAAUCAAGAAGUCGCUCUCGUUCUCGGGACAAGAAGAGAGACAAAGAAAAGGUCAAGGAAAAAGAAAAGGCCAAAGAAAAGGAGAAAGAGAGAGACCGAGACAAGGAGAAGGAGAGAGACCGAGACAGAGACAAAGACAGGGAAAGGGACAGGGAGAGAGAUAAAGAGCGAAACAAAGAUCGAGAGAGAGUCAAAGACAGGGAUAGGGACAGGGACAAGGAUAAGGACAAAGACAGGGACAGGGACAAGGACAGGGAAAAGGAGAAAGAUAAGGAGAAGGAAAAAGACAGGGAAGAAGUAGACCAGAACAAGGAAAAAGAAGAUACUGAGAAAGAAGGAGAGAAGGACAGAGAGAAGUUUAAGGACAAGGAGGGAGAUAAGGACAAAGGAGGGGACAAAGAGAGGGACAGAGACAAAGAAAAGGAAAAAGAUGGGGAUAAGGAGAAAGAGCGAGAAAGAGAAAAAGACAGAGAUGAUAAAAAGAAGAAAGAGAAGAGAUCUAGAACACCCCCAAGAAGCUAUAGCUCUUCAAGAAGAUCUCGUAGCUCCAGCAGAGAAAGGCGUAAAAGGAAGAGUAGAAGUCCCUCCAAGUCUCCUAAAACAUCCAAAACAACAAAAAGAAAGUCUUCACGAACUCCUUCUCCGAGAAGAAACAAGAAAGAAAAAAAAAGAGAGAGAGACACAAAUAAUGAAAGAAGAGAAAGAGAACGCUCCACCUCCAAGAAAAAAAGUAGUAAAGAAAAAGAGGGAAAGGAGAAAUCUGAUAAAAGCACCACUGCUUUGAAGGACAAAGAUCACACUAAAGAGGAUCAGAACUCAGAAACUGACAAGGAAGUAGACAACAGGGACACACAAAGGACAGAUGAAGUCAAACUACAACAGAAUGGGAACUGUCAACCAAAUGAAGAAAACCUCUCAAUUAAAAUGGAAGAGGUUUAA